AUGAAGAACUAUAUCUCCUUUUAUUAUCUUUUACAAUUCUGCGGACAUUCCUGGAUCUUUACCAACAUGACAGCCAGGCUUCUUUUCUUUGGAAAAGAUUCUUUUGCCGAUACAUUUUAUACAAUUGGGCUAGUGAUGCAGGCCUGCCAGUUACUGUCUGUCUUGGAGCUGUUACAUGUUUUGCUGGGCAUAGAACAACAGCCUUUCAUGCCAAGGUUUUUGCAGGUAACAGAGAGGUUGGUUAUCCUGUUUGUGGUCAUCAGCAGCCAGGAAGAAAUGCAGAGCAAAUGCAUAGUGUGUAUUCUCUUCUUUCUGUGGAACCUGUGGGAUGUUGUAAGAUACCCAUACCAUCUGUUAUCAGCAACUGGAACAGAGUACCGAGCUCUUUCUUGGCUCAACCACACAUUAUGGAUCCCAGUUUAUCCACUGUCCUUGCUGGCUGAAGUGUACACAGUCUAUGAUCGCUGCCCUAUUUUGAAUCCCUUGGCACAUUUUCCUACAAUAUAGUGUUGCCAUUUGCUGUAUCUAUUCAUUUCCCAUAUAUUUUAAAGGCAUACUUGGCUCUUCUACCCGCAGGUAUGCUGUACACAUGCAGCCAUCUCUUUUCUGAAAGAAGACUUUAUCUCAAAGUAUGUAAUGGAAAAAUUAAAACAAAAUGA